GUCUGCCCCGGACUGCCAGAACAACAGAUUACAACUUCAGAUUACAGCCGGGGCACAACAACUAUUGAAUACAUUCAUGCAACAGGAUGCAUUUGCUGACUUCAGCAGCAGCUCUAGUAGGGCGUUGCAACUCGUCCUUGGCCCUUAUUGUACUGCCACAUCAGGGAGUAUGACCCUCCGCACACAUUUGCAUGCACUACUCCCUCGGGCGUGCGAGGCUCGUCUUCAAUCUGCUACGCCGACCAGUCUCAAUCUCUCCGCCUCUGUGCCGUCCUCUCUCCUCGCUGCGUUCAGCGUAUCUUUCCUCCUCAAUCUCUAACUUCACUCGGACCUGUUGGCAGCUGCCAUGUCGUGCAUUUUCAAGCAAUAUGUCAGACUCUCCUGCAGACUCUCCUGAUGAUCGCUUCAACUAUUCAUCGGGACGCUGGCUCGUCAACAAUGACCUUCGCCUCGAAGAGCGCAGACGUGAAUUCAACGUCGACGAGCUUUGUCGACUUGCGGCGCAGUCUGUUGGUCGGAGUUCUCAAGAUAUCGCCAAAUUCAUGAAGCUUGCCGAGGGCGGCUUCAACCGGACUUUCCUUAUCACCAUGCACGGCGGCUUCGAGAUGGUAGCCCGUAUCCCGUAUCCCGUCACGGUCCCAAAGUUCUACGCUAUUGCCAGUGAAGUGGCCACAAUGCGUUUCCUCCGUUCCUCUGGGCUGCCUGUUCCCGAGGUUUACGAUUACUCUCCUUCGUCGGACAACGCUGCGGAGACGAAAUAUAUUUUCAUGGAGUAUAUAAAAGGUACGAAGCUCAGCGACGUGUGGCUGGAGCUGAAGGAACCGGAUAUCGUCUCGGUCUUGCGUAAACUUGCCCAACUCGAGUCUUGCAUGAUGUCGAUUUCUUUUCCCGCUGGUGGAAGCCUCUAUUAUACCGACGACCUGGAGAAGGUGGCAGGGAGGAAGGGCAUCCCCCUCAAAGACGAGCGCUUCUGCGUCGGUCCAGAUGCCAGGCUGCAUAUGUGGUACGGAAGGAGGUCGCAACUCGACGUGGACAGGGGACCAUACGAAAGCGUCGAGGCAGCGCUCGUAGCAGCAGCUCGCAAGGAACUGGAGUAUCUCAAACAGUUCGGUCGACCGCUACUACCGUUCCAGCGUGAAAGAAGGGAGGCUUACGGGUACAAGGAGCAGUCACCGUCGGACCACGUCAAGAAUCUCGAACGAUACCUUCUCAUCGCAUCCUCGCUCGUCCCCAUGAAUCCAGCUCUCCAUCAUUUCCGUAUCCGCCAUCCCGAUCUCCAGCCGAGCAACGUCAUCGUGUCGACGUCGUCAGACUCUAACCAGUUGAAAAUCGUGGGCCUGCUCGACUGGCAACACGCCUCGAUCCUACCCCUGUUUCUCCUCGCUGGUAUUCCGGGUCGCUUGCAGAACUACGAUGACCCGGUCUCGCAGGAUCUCAUCCCACCCUCACUGCCGGCGAACAUGAAAGAGUUGGACCAAUCCGAGCAAAGCCACGGGAUGGGACUCUACCACCGCCGUCUCGUCCACUUCCACUACGUCAAGAACGCGGAGGAGUACAACAAGCUCCAUCACGAUGCGUUGUCGGAUCCCGUGUCCAUGUUCAUCUGCCGCGUUGUCGACCAAGCCGGUGCUCCGUGGGAGGGUGAGACUCACGCGCUGAAGGCUACGCUGAUAGAGACAACGGAGAUAUAGGGGAGUCUUACGGGGGAAGGUGUACCGUGUCCAGUCGUGUUCGAAGCCGAAGACCUACGCAAGACGAAGGAGCUAAGCGCAAGGCUGCAAGUAGCGGACGAGAAUUUUGAGGGCUGCCGAGUCAUAGUUGGCUUUGAGACGGAGACCUGGGUGUCCAACGAACACUACGAGAUGGCCACGGCCCUCGCCGAGCUGCUAAAGCUGAGGGUGUUGGCAGGGAUGCCGGAGAAGGAAGUCCGGGCUAAGGCUGAGGCGAAUUGGUUCUUGGACGAUAUGGACGAAAAGGAUUACAUGUAAUGAAUCGAUCGAAAUAUUCCACGGUGUUGUUAUUUUAUCUAGUGCUAUUGUGUACAUGUCCAGUCGACUGUUCUUCAAAUCCUGUCGGAGGAAAACUUCUUGCAGAAGACAAAUCCAUCGAUACCACCGUCC